AUUGAUGGGUUCGGCACUCUGUGGAGAGUCGAAGUAUUUUUGUAUUUCCUUUCCAGAUUUCAAUUCUCAAUCCCAAACAUGGCAGAUUGCAAGCACCCGCGCCUCAUCCUUCGCAACUUUCUAUCUCUCCAACUCUGCAAGGAAUUAGAGUUUAUACAUAAGAGCUGUUGCACAGUUGGGUACAGACCAAAUGUCUUCUCCACCACACUCUUUCAUCUAAUUGCUACUAACUGCGCUCAUUUGAUCAUGCCCAUAAUUCCUAUCAGAGAGAGGCUGAAGGAGAAAGUGGAAGAGUAUUUUGGAUGCGAGUACGAGCUGUUUGUUGAAUUCACUGGACUAAUCAGCUGGUGUAAAGGAUCAAGCAUUGGUUGGCACAGUGACAACAAUAGACCUUAUCUUAAACAACGAGAUUUUGCGGCAGUUUGUUAUUUGAAUAGUUAUAAUGUGGAUUUCAAAGGAGGGGUCUUUCAUUUCCAGGACGGGGAGCCUACAGACAUCUUGCCCAUGGCUGGUGAUGCCAUUUUGUACACAGCAGACGAUCAAAAUAUCCACUGUGUUGAUGAGGUAACUGAUGGGGAACGUGCCACGCUUACUUUGUGGUUCAGCCGUGAUGCAUCUCAUGAUGAAGAGUCCAAACUGAUCUCAUUACUCUCACAAAUUUCACUCGAUGAUUCAUUUUUACCCAUUCCAUCACCAAUUAAUAUGUAUUGGUUCCCCCCAGACGAAGCCUCAAAGUUCUCCUCGGGAUUUGAUAUACGGUGUGGAAGGUUACAUGUUCUUGGAUUUGAGCUUUAUUCCUCUUGGGAAAUAAGUUGUGGCUUGCCAUCAGAUUCAUCCAGUAAUUUGUUAGAACUACUCAAAGAGCCACUCCAGUUAGCACAAGUUGACGAGUUGUCUGCAAACAAAUUUGCAAAUGUAACACAUGCCCUUCAGGUCGUACUAUUUUAUUGUUGGAAGUUCUUAGAUUUGAAGACUGAACUAAAACCGGUAUCUGCCAAGGUGGUUCCAACAUCCGAAACUCAAAGGGCGCACAUAAAUCGGUUGAAAUGCCUAUUUGUAAAGGAUCCCCAAGAAGCAGAGAUACUCUUCGGUUAUCAGAUAACUGUCAACGAGAAGCAAUAUAAACUUGACUGGGCUAGCUUUUCUGCUGCAGUUUCUGAAUGGGAAGCUUAUACUUGCAGGUUACACAAAGAACUGCUUCUAAGCUUACCUUAUUGGAGAACAAAUCAAUCUAUCUUUUGUUGUCCACAUGAAAAACCUGAAUAAAUUUGAAUUAUUUGUAUCUUUGAAUUUUCACUAGUUUACUUUCCUCUCAUUAGCAUCAAUAGGAUGGGUUUUCUCUAAAGAAAUUCUUUGGAAAAUGUCAGAUAUAUAUAACCUUUUGACAAGACUAUGCUUUUUCAACUAUCUCCAUGUUGAAUCUAUUCACCAACUUUUUUU